AUGCUGCCUGGGGGGAGAGGCGGUGGGGUGGGUAGCGGAGAAGGGGGGUGUCCGGGGGGGGAAAGCUGGGUGAAGGGGGAGGGGGAGGGGACGGGGGGGGCGGCGGGGGGGGGGGCGGGGAUGCUAUCGUGGGGAAAGGGGGGAAGGGAGGUUGGAAAGGGGUGGGGGGGGGGGGGGGGUGGCUUCGGUGGAUGGCGGGGGCGCGGGGGGGGGGGGGGGGGGGGGGGGGUACGGGGGGGGAUGGGGGGGUGGGGGGAUGAGGGCGGGGGUGGCGGGGGGGCGGGGCGGGCAUGGGGGGGGAGGGGGGGGGAGGUGGGUGGGAGGGGAGGGGGGGGGACGCGUGGGGGGAUGAGGGGGGGACGAGCUGGGGCCUGCGGGGAGGGGGCCGGGGAGAAUGGGGUGGGGGAGAAGGGGUGGAGGGGGGAGAGGGGAGGGGCGGAUCGGGCGGGGGGGGGGACGGGGGGGGGGGGAAGGACGGGGAUUCGUAGUGCGGGAGCGUAG